AUGAUGGAGAGAGAGAGGUCUGCAGCUCAAGCGUGGCUCUGCCGAGCAGUUCGUGACGGACCACUGGCUCAUUGUGCACUCGUGUCUGGUCAUGUAGCUUCUAUAUUGAAGUACGUCCCGCAGCAUUGUCGGGCAUCCCUGGAUAGCAGGAUUGUUGGCACAGGACCUCAGAACGUCUGUAUAACAAGCACUCGUUGCAAGCACGGACAUGACAAGCCACAGUGA